AUGGGUGCUCAGGCCCAGCCCCUGAGCCAGCCCCUGUGGACAUCUCUGUUCCAGAUGCUUCCACAUCCUGCACAGAGGAGCAGCUCCAAGCAGUCUCCAUCUCCCCGAGGGCAAGAGAGGAGGUUUGGACUCACUGAAGCAUCAGAGAAGAGGCCUAGAGAACUUGGGACCCAGGAGCAGAAGCCCCCAGCAGGACCAGGGAAGCAGUCAUCUUGGACAGCCCUGGAAGGGCUUGGGGGACUGCACGUAAGCUACUCUGGAGCCAUUCUCAGAGGGCUGCAGCAGCUGGGGACAGAGACCAAGGACCAGCUAGGGACAUGGAAGAACCCAGGGACUGAAAGCGGCCAGGAGAUGAGGGACGUUGGCAAGAAGGUGGCACUGGGCCAUGUGCAGAAGUCAAUGCAGGAAUCUGGGGUGACUGCAGGGACCCCGAGCCCCGGGACCCUGUUCCAGGGGUUCAUGAAGUGCCUGCUAGAGGUGGAAGAAGAGGAGGCCACCCACCGGAAAGCCUCGAAGGCCCGGGCUCUGGCAGCCCGGAGGUCCUCUAGGACUCCCACGACUGUGCCCUUAUCAGUGUCUAUCAGCAACUCAGCCCCAGCCUCACCUCUGACCCUGAAUCAGCCUUCCAUCUUGGCCUCGGCUACCAUCCCAACGUGGACCCAGCAAUCAGUUCCAACCUCUGCCCCCAUGGCAGCCACAGCCACCGGGUCAGAGCCUGGCCCAGUCCUGCUGACCCCCAACCCGGAGCUAGCCUGGAGAUGGCCAGACCCCAUGCCCCACAACGAGAGGAACUACCCUAAGGCAUGGCAGGAGAUGGAAGAGCGUGGCCUCCGGUGGUGCCAGAACUGGGAGGAGCAGUUUGAGGAGCAGCUAACCACCAAGCAGGAGGAAGCCUUCCGCAGCUACUUCGACAUUUUCGACGGCCCUGGUGAGGUGGACGCAGAGAGCCUGAAGAACAUCCUGUUCCUUAUGGGCUUCACCCUGACACAGGCCCAGGUAGAGGACGCGCUGAUGAGUGCUGACGUCAAUGGAGAUGGUCACGUGGACUUCAAAGACUUCUUGGCUGUGAUGACGGAUACCAGGCGCUUCUUCUGUUCUGUGGAACACAAUCCCCCGACGGACACCGCCCCGCCGAACCCUCACACACUGCUUUUUGAGAUCCUGUCUCUGCUCGUGGAGAUGUUGGCCCUACCGGAGUCAGCCUUGGAGGAGAUCACAAACUACUACAAGAAGAAGUUGCAGGAAGGCAUCUGCAAGACUCGAGAGAUGGACUCAGCCACAGGCAGGAUCCGGUCGAAGAAGAAGCUUUUGUACAGUCCCCAGCAGGCAGACAGCUUUGAAGUCCCUGAACGAAGGGUGCUCAGGAUCCUGAGCCGGCUAAAGCAGCAGAACUAUGCUGCUAACCUGCAGAGCCCCUAUGCCCAGGUACCCUGCAUCCCACUCUGCCCUCGAAUGGACAAGAAGAUGGUCCGUCGGAAGCUAGGCAAUCACUUCAUGCUGGGCCAGUGUGUCCCCACCAGCCUAGGCCCCGACCUCCGUAGCUUCUUAUUCCAGUCAGGACCCCAAGGAAGCAGGGAACACAGUUCUGACAGCCAAAAGUGGCUCUGCUCGGUGCAAGCCCGAACCCUCUUGACCCUUUUGGGUCUUCACCCUGGGAACUUCAAGGCCUGA